AUGGCACCAUCCGAGGCCUCUAUUUUGAGCCAUUUUCUCCUGUCCCCUGCAUCACUGCCCACAGUCAUCUCCUUACAACAGUUCACUGAGCUGUUUCCCAAAAGACUGCGGUCUCACCCACAUAUUAGAGUACUGUACAGGGAACUUCAACAGCUGCGAGAACAAGAUAUGGACAUUGUCAAUGGGAACAUUGAUAGGGAAGUGCAUCAGGGUGAAGCCCAAAAAGCCGAGCUUCGGAGAGCAAUCCUGAAAACAGGAGUCGAUGGAAUGGACGCAAAUGACCAGCGGGAGAUGGAGAUGGAUGUCCAGCUCUUCGGACAGGAGACCAAUGCCGCUUCCAGUGAAUAUCAUUCAACUGCCAGCCUCCUCUCCGCGAUGGAGGAGGCUUGUACCAAUCUUGAAAAUGAAGCAUCCCAAGUGGAUCGAGACGCAGCUACAGUACUCUCCGAACUCAACGCCACAGUGGGUGAUUUGAGUGAUUUGCGGUAUGGUAAACUGCAAGGGCCUGCCGGGUCUUCCGGGGAGGAGAUGGUCCAGGAAGCAAUAGAGGGUCUCAAUCACCUAGAACAGACAUGUUAUCACAAGACAUCUCUGUGA